CCAGUGCUGAAAUGUAGCCACCUCUUGAGUGAAACAUGAUAGCCGGAUUUAACACUCUGACUCUUGCAAAAAGCGCAUGCCAAUGAGAUUAAACAUCAGUUGUACUUAUUUUAUCAGCUAGUAUUGGACUGAUGAGGGCUUUGAACUAUGCCACCAAAGGUUAGGAUACCGUCUGAAAGAGGGCUUGUCUCUUAGCUGUACCUUCAACCUUUGACUUUCCACCUGGAGCUUGUUCAGCACUUCAUUGUUCUUUCAUAGACAUCACAGAGAAGCAGUGCUUAAUUAAUAAUGACACAGAUUCAAGGCUCAAGCAAUCAGGUGCUAGGGCUCAAGUAAUUUUUAAACUUCCAAAACUGACGUGCCAAGCCCAGAAAUGCUGGGGCUACGAACUGGAAGCCCAGAGGUUCUGGGGCUACGAACUGCCAAGUCCCAAAGGUUCUGGGGCUACGAAUUGCCAAGCCCAGAGAUGCUGGGGCUAUGAACUGUCAAGCCUAGAGGUGCUGGGGCUCAGCACAGUUAAGCACUGUAGAGAAGGGCUAUUGAGAUGUAAGUAAAAAGGGCCUUUGACAUCUCUAGGCUGAGGGUUCCAGCCUGGAAUUUUCACCUCCUCCGGCUUCAAAGAAGUUACUGCUAAUUGACAGUUGUGCCAGAAAAGAAUCAAGUUCGCUAUCCUCAUUGCGGUUACAGGAAGGAGUGGAAGGAGGCAGCAGCCAGUGGGGGGAGUGAGAGGGUUGGAAGCGUGGAUCUCGUAAGUUCAGCACACAGCUAUGAGCAUAGUUGGAAUACAGAGCCUCAAAGGAUCAGAGAGCAGUCUGAAUUCUCUUCUUCUCUCUGACACACAAACCCCUCCUGGAAUUAACACAGCUCCUGAGUGUCUUUCCACCCUGACUUUCCUCUGCACCAGGAAUCUGUAGAACAAAACUCUUCCCAGAUAUUCCAGUCAAUCCAGGAAAAUUAAAUGGGGGAAAAUAUUCUGAGGAAGUUUGAGACAAAGAAGUCGGAUUACGAGGAGGCUAAAGGGACAGGACUGAGGGGAACUGAAUUAGCCUCAGUAUGAAGGCUAAUUGCAGCUAGAGCACAAACAUGAAGUGAAAUUUGAUGUACCAUGAGGACAUUUCAAUUCAACUCUCAGGCUGUGACCCGUGAAUUACAGAACAGAGAGGAAUAUCAGCAGGUAGCACCUAAAUAACUGUUCACACAGGGAUACUCAAACAUAGCUGGAAAAUCUCUGCAUAGCUGAAACACUGAAUUAGGUUAACAGGUCACAUUUUACCUCUCAGGAAUUGCUUCCUCCUCCAACCAAAAGAGAUGCCCACAGAAGGAUUCAAUGGCAAUUACAUGGCACAUACAUGGGUUGCUAACUGUGUCCAUGAACUGCAAAUGAAUGGAGUCAUGGUUAUGACCCUAUAAUUAAGGUCACUAAUGCUGACCCCUUCUGCUCUUGUCUAAGCUUGCUUCUCAGUUGACUUUGACUCAUGGAACCAAUUGGGAAUUGGGACAGGCUCUCGACCAACGACAGCAUCAACGAGAUCAUCCUCAAGAACAGCUCCAAUUCCAGCUCUCAGUUUACAGGAGUCCAGUUGAUCCAGUCCUUCAAGCCCCUCAUCAUCCCCUGCUACACCUUGGUGGUGCUGAUUGGCAUCUUCGGCAACUAUCUUCUCCUCUACGUCAUCUGUAGGACCAAAAAGAUGCACAAUGUCACCAACUUCUUUAUCGGGAACUUGGCUUUUUCAGAUAUGCUGAUGUGUGCAACGUGUGUUCCUUUUACCCUGGCCUAUGCCUUCAACCCACAGGGCUGGAUCUUUGGGAAGUUCUUGUGUUACUUCGUGUUCCUGAUGCAGCCUAUGACCGUCUAUGUGUCUGUCUUCACCCUCACAGCUAUUGCUGUAGACAGGUACUAUGCCACGGUGCACCCACUGAAGAAACGCAUCUCGGUCACCACCUGUGUGUAUGUGGUGGGUGGAAUCUGGUUGCUGUCCUGUGCGCUGGUGGCCCCUGCCAUCGCCCACACAUAUCACGUGGAGUUCCAGAAGGAGGGCUUUGCCAUCUGCGAGGAGUUCUGGAUGGAGGAGGAGAAGGAGCGCCUGGCCUAUGCCUACAGCACCCUGAUCAUCACCUACAUCCUGCCCCUCUCAGCUGUCUCCCUCUCGUACAUCUGCAUUACAGUCAAGCUGAAGAACCGUGUAGUGCCCGGUCACCCAACGCAAAGCCAGACAGAGUUUGACCGGGUGAGGAAGAGGAAGGUCUUCCGGCUUAUUGUGCUGGUGGUGGCUGCCUUUGGGAUCUGCUGGCUCCCCAUCCACGUCUUCAACAUCAUUCGUGACAUAGAUAUCAAUCUCAUCAACAAGCACUACUUCCUGCUCAUCCAGCUGCUCUGCCACUGGUUUGCCAUGAGCUCCUCCUGCUGCAACCCCUUCCUCUACGCCUGGCUGCAUGACCGCUUCCGCAGUGAGCUGAAGAAGAUGUUCACCUUCAAGCAGAAAAUCAUCCCCACUAAUAACUGCGUAGCCGUGAGCGUGAUGCUCUGAGGCCCGGAACCUGGUUUCUCUGCUCUCUGAUGGUCUCGCAUUCCUCUCACCCUUUGCAUCCCAAACUGAUACACACAAGAAUCAGCACAGCCACUUCCUGAAAUGCUGGCUCCUCCCAGGUGGAAGGCUGUGACUAUUUAUGUGUUUAACAGCAGCCAACCACAUUGCACCAGAUUCCAUUACAUGAAGUGAAUGAUGCUGCAUUCCACCACAAUUGCAUUAGGAGUUUGAGAUUUUAAAUUACAGAAGUAGAAUAUGCCCUAGUUCUUGCAAAAAGUGCCACCAGGUCUUUAAUGUGUGCAAAUCUGGGGUCCUCGGGUUUCUGCCUCAUCUGCUCCAGAAGUAUCAUGUCCUUUAGAACAUGAUGAAGCUGAGUACUCACUCAGAAGAAAAAGCACAGGGUAUCUCCACAUCUGCAUGGUCCCCAGAUGUCACCCGUCCAAGAACUGAACUUUAGGAAGCAGAAGUGCUUUUUUACCCAAAGCAUGAUCAGCCUGGGGAACGCACUAUCACAAGGCAUCUUUGGGGUACAGAACACAGCAGAUUUCAGAAUAAGGAUACCCAGAACACCCAGGACCAAAAUAUCAAAGGGAUACAGACCGUCAUGCAUAAGCCAAGCACUAACUGCAAAUGUCAGGAAGACAUUUUCCCAGGGGCACUGUACUACAUAACUGUCCAUUGGGGGGGUUUACACUUUCCUCAGAAGAGUCUAGUAUUGUCCACGAUGGCACACAAGAUCGUGGACUAGCUGGCUCUCAGGUCUGGUUUGGUCUGUCAGUUCCUGUUUGUACAGCCUGCUUGCUUUGUUGGAUAUGACACCAUAACCAUGAGCAGCAUCACUUCAGGGCAAUAGCCU